UCUGGGGAAGAGCCACAGUCCUCGGCCAGGCCAAGCCAAGAUCCUACCGCACCGGCACUCUCUGCCCAUCUCGCUCUCACCAUGAGCUGUUUCCUGCAGAAUUCCUCUGCUAGCUAUGGGGGUGGCUCCUGCAAGCUGGGAGGAGGUCGCAGUAUCUCUAGCGGCUCAACCCGGUUUUACUCUGGGGGAUCAGCUGGGGGCUUUGGGGGUGGCGUAAGCAGCAGCUGUGGUGGAGGGGCUGGUAGUGGUUUGGGUGGAGGCCUGGGAUGUGGCUUCGGAGGUGGCAGCUUUUGUGUGUCUCUUGGCGGUGACUUCGGUGGAGGAUACGGUGGUGACAAUGGCGGCCUCCUCUCUGGCAACGAGAAGGUCACCAUGCAAAACCUCAACGAACGCCUGGCCUCCUACCUGGACAAGGUGCGCGCCCUGGAGGAGGCCAACACUGACCUAGAGGUGAAGAUCCGAGACUGGUAUCUGAAGCAGAAACCAGUCGGCCCAGAGCGCGACUACAGCCAGUACUUCAAGACCAUCGAGGACCUCCAGGACAAGAUCUUGGCGGCCACCAUGGACAACAACCGGAUCAUUCUGGAGAUUGACAACUCCAGGCUGGCUGUCGACGACUUCCGUCUCAAGUAUGAGAACGAGCUGGCCCUGCGCCAGAGCGUGGAGGCCGACAUCAAUGGCCUGCGCAGGGUGCUGGACGAACUCACCCUGAUGAAGACCGACCUGGAGAUGCAGAUCGAGAGCAUGAAGGAGGAGCUGGCCUACCUCCAGAAGAACCACGAGGAGGAGAUGAAGGAGUUCAGAAACCAGGUGGUCGGCCAGGUCAGUGUGGAGAUGGACGCCACCCCAGGCGUUGACCUAAGUCGCGUGCUGGCGGAGAUGAGGGAGCAAUACGAGGCCUUGGCGGAGAAGAACCGCCGGGAUGCCGAGGAAUGGUUCAACAGCAAGAGUGCAGAGCUGAGCAAGGAGGUGUCUACCAGCACCGUCACUAUCCAGACCAGCAAGACGAAGAUCACGGAGCUCAGGCAUAUGCUCCAGAGUCUGGAGAUUGAGCUGCAGGCCCAGCUGAGCAUGAAAGCCGGGCUGGAGAGCACGCUGGCGGACACCGAGUGCCGCUACGCCCUGCAGCUGCAGCAGAUCCAGGGCCUCAUCAGCAGCAUCGAGGCCCAGCUGAGCGAGCUCCGCAGUGAGAUGGAGUGCCAGAACCAGGAGUACAAGAUGCUGCUGGACGUGAAGACACGGCUGGAGCAGGAGAUCGCCACCUACCGCAGCCUGCUGGAGGGCCAGGAUUUCAAGUGGGUCAUGUGGGAAAGUGACUGAGGGACCCUGGGCUGUCAGAGCAGGCAUGGCCUUAGGGAUCAGGCCCUUGUGUCUGGGAGGGAAGGACACCUGUCUGAGCUUAAACAGCCUGGACCAAGAUCCAGGACCAGAGCUUCCUCCUUGUCCUCUGGCAUCAGACUGUAGGGGCAUUUCCUUUAACUUUUAAAUUCGGGCCUCCAGGUUAGACUGGCAGGACUAGGGACUAUGGAGAAAAUAUCUCAUAUUGGAAAAGUAUUAGCUUGGCUUCAGGGCAGCCCAACAAAACUGUUAAAAUCGAGAUUUCACUGCCUUCAGACUAUCUGCAGGGAUCAGGCCAUCCUUGUGGGAUCAAGGAAGGGGUAAGGGGUCGAGUGAAGCAGAGGGAGAACAAAACGUCCAGCAAAUGCCUAAUAAUAUCUCCGCCUGGGGCUUCACGGACACAUAGGACAGGCCUCGGAGUCACCUGAUUUCGCUGCUCUGUGGGGUGGGGGCACAGCUGGGAAAAGACCCCAACUCAGGGGCUCCAAGUGAUGAUAUGAGAGACUCCAUCUGAAGACAGGUAGGUGGCUGUCCUCCGUUCCCUUCCACUCAUGGCUGCCUCUCUCCUUUCCCCCAGGAUCCCCAGCUCCACCACAGGAGGAAACGUCAGCCGCAGCAGCACCAUCUCCACUCGCCGCAUUUCAGAAAAACUUAAGCCUUAAAUCUGCCGGGCAGCCCCUCGCUCUGUCUUCAGCACCCAGAGGAGAGAGCUGACGGUUCCCUGCAGGAGCAAAGGAGGGGCCGC